AUGAAGCUCGGCUCUCUGCUGCUCAUUUGCAUUUUGGAGAUCUUCUCUACAGAACUGCCGUCGCAGUACAAACUGGCGAAUCGAAUCCUCACUAAUUACCAAAAAAGACUAAUUCCCCAAAAACAAGCCAAUGAGCCGAUCAACGUCUUUUUCUCAAUGGAACUGUAUCAGGUCAUAGAAGUGGUUAGUGCUGGGAAAGUCGCGAAAAUCCUUCCUCAAACUCUUUUAGAACGAGCCGCAACAGUUUUUGAUGAUCAAUGCUUGGAUCGCAGAAGUACGUUUCUUCAGCUUUUCAUUUAUCAGCGUCGUUUGCAGCGAUGGGUUGAUAAGAUGCUUGGUUGGGAACCAGCCGAGUUUUCUAACCUAACCGAACUCAUGAUACGUCACGAAGACAUAUGGGUCCCAGACACCACGCUCUACAACUCGUGAGCGAACGAAUUCAUGUUUUGGACCCGUCUUCUCAGACUAGCAGUGAACAACGACGAGUCGCGACGUCUUCUUCACGCCAAGCUGACCACGAUGGGCCGACAAGGAGCCAUGGUCGAGAUUCUCUAUCCAACCAUCUACAAGAUCAGCUGCAUGCUCAACCUACGGCAUGUUUUCUUCUGUCCCAGCCAUUUUCUUUUUUUUUUUCAUUCAGGUUUUUCCCAUUCGACGUGCAGGUGAACAAAGACCGCAGCGAUCCUUGAAGACGUUUUCAGACCUGCAAGAUGACAUUCGGCAGUUGGUCCUUUGACAGCACCCUCAUCGACUAUUAUCCCAAAAACGAAUCACAAGGCAUCGGAACGAUAAAUUGUCUUGAAAAUGAAGGCUGGAGCAUUUUAUCCUCUCGUGGUCGAGUUCCAAGGCGCAACGUCGGAAUGGAAUGUUUACAGUUCAACGUGUUCAACACAAGUACGAGUGCUGCCCCAACAAGUACACGCUCCUCGAGUUCUACCUGAAGAUUCAACGGAAGCCGCUCUACUACAUCAUCAACCUCAUCACUCCCACAUCCAUCAUCACACUCAUCUCAAUCGUCGGCUUUUUCACGUUAGUCCUUUUGAAUGUUUAAUUUAUACUGUACAAAAAGGAAAAGAAGAUAAAAUCAUAUUUCGGCAUUGACUUCUUUUUUGAAGAUUUUCAAUAUUUUAUUCAUGACUACAAGAAAAACUAAACUAAGUUUAUAUUUAACAAGAGCGUUCAAGGAUUUGUAAUUGCUCUUUUUUUCGAACUCCUCAAGUCGGGAGGUUACUUUCAUCUGACCGCUAGCUUUGAAGAUCGGCAUCUAUCAACGACAUGAGGCAAGAAAAGAUCACUCUGGGAAUUACAACGUUGCUCUCGAUGUCAAUUCUCAUUUUCAUGGUUUCCGACAAAAUGCCCUCGACCUCGUCCUUCAUUCCCCUCAUAGGUAGGGCAGCAAGCAAAACAUAAUAUCCCUUUAAAUCAGGCUGGUUCUACACGUCUAUGAUUCUGAUCAUCUCGUUUGCUACAAUCGCUGCAUCUAUUGUUAUUUAUGUUCAGAGAAAAGGUAACAAAUAAGUUUUGAAAAAAGUGCAAAGAGCUUAUUAAAAACAGCCACCAGGGCGAGGAAUCGUUAAAAGUGUCAUAAAAUGGGUAAAUGUGAAAGAACUAGACUUUACGGCGGAGCUUGCAGGAGUCAUUGGAAAGCCACCGCAGCAAAGUACAAUGAAGUGGGCAAAAAGCGUCGCCGCGCUUGUUUCCAUCGAAAUGCCGAUGGUCAUGCGCGAGGCUUACGCCAAAAAAGAAAGGGUCAUCAAGUUUUUAUACUUCAAACGGAAAUUGAAACUUUCAGGAAGAAAAACUGAGACGACGCCAGCUUGGAAUAGGUCGAAGAGACAGUCUGUGGAACAAAGUGUACCGACUUGCCAGGGACCAGUCGCAAGUUAAAAAGGUUGAAUUCCCAAGGACUUUCUAAAAAAUUUCGUUAUGAAGUUGAAAAAAGAAGACGAAAAUGGCUGGCCAGUUCUUGGAAAUAAGUCUGGGACCGCGACACCAACAAAGAAGUUUAAUAUCAACAGUGAAGUUGCCUUUAUCGGUUUUUCUUUUCUUUUUUUUAAUCUAAAGUAAACGUUGAUUUGAGGCGAUGAGAUGAAGAACAGCACCUACUCGGACAUGUCGACGUCAGAAAACGGUUUCUCUUCGAGGAUAAAUCCCGCUCAGGACUUGACUCGAAAAGAGCAAGCCAGUGACGAAUUUCCCGAAAAGCCUAUUGAAGGUGUUGCACUAGCAGAAGAAUCGGUUUUAUUCAAAAGCUGCAGUUCAAAUUUCGACGUUCGCGACGCGCAAUUUGGCGCAGCUCGAGUGGGACUGGCUGGCGGCUGUCGUCGAGAGGGUCAUGCUCCUCGUCUUCAUCGCGCUGUUCCUUUUCUCUUCGGUCGGCAUCAACCUCAUCGGCUUUGUCCAUUGGCGGUACGAGGUCGGCGAGGCUAUCCAAACGUGGUAG